AUGGAUUCAGACUUUUGUGCACAAUUCAUCGAAGUUAUGCACACGCAAGGGACUCCAGGAUUCUCUACUCUCAUGGUAUAUGACAAGGCAUGUCCCUUUCACUCUGUAAUUUACCGCAUAUUUACUUGGGGACUAUGUAAAGAUGGUUGUCUCUUCCCACAGCGAAUACGCAAGAACUAUGGACGCACCCAAACCCCAGCGGCCAUCACCGUCGAGUUCUACCCCAGAUGCGUGGGAACACCUACUACACUCACCACGCCCUACAACUACCAAUACUGGACCGUGUUCUGGCACAUUCAAGCAGGUCGUGUUCGUGACAAAUCUCACAGAAUCAUGCAGAAAAGAGUGAGACCUUGGUACUUCGGCAAUAUCACUUAG